UAGUAAACUCUGCGCAUGCGCGACACUUUUUCCCAAACAUGGACGAUCCGGAACUUUAACCUCCUGUGGAUACUUUCAGAUCAUUCCUUUAUAUUUAACUUUGAUAAAAUGGAUUUAACACGACGACAGAGGACUCCUUCGGGGAUGUAUUUGGUUUUAUUGUUCAGCAUCAUUUUGUGGUCAGGCCCGGCGUCUUGUAUAACAGUGAGCGGCCCGGAGGAGAUAAACGCAGUACAGGGCGAGAUGGUAACGUUGUCCUGCCACUUCACCUCGACGCAUCGCCCGACCAGCCGAAUAUCCAUCGACUGGUCCUUCAGACCUCAGAGUGGUGGCCCUUCUCAAAUCUUCUUUCACUUCUACUCCAAGGCGUAUCCUCCAGAGGAUGGGCACUUCAAAGGGCGAGUGAAAUGGCACGGAGACCCGGCGCGAGGCGACGCAUCGAUCCGCCUCCUGAACGCAUCGCUGACCGACAACGGCACUUAUAGCUGCGCCAUCCGCAACCCGCCCGACUUCCAAGGACUUCCCUUAAACACCUUCCUCACCGUCAGCCUUAAGAAAGGCACUGUGCACUUUUCGGACAUUGCUAUGCUGCUGUUCUUCAUCCUCCUGCCGUCGUUGCUGAUCGCGAUGCUGCUGUUCGCGAGAAUGCUCUGUCCGUGUUGCUCUCCACGUGUCAAGAGCUCGCACGUCCACCGCCACUCACCCAUAGAGGAUGUGGAGGAAAUGCUCACAUACAGUAAAGAGUGCGCCUACCAUCAUCCCUCGUCAAAGCGGAAGCCUGCCAUGUGCUGCGAAAUGUAUAUGGAGGACUCGGAUGAAGAAUGCCGCAGACAUAUCGAGAAGCAACGGAUGCAGCGGAUCGAGGCAGAGUCUCACUGUUAGAUCUUCCGGUAACGUGGAAAGCCAGGCAAAGCAUCUCAGCACAGACACGUCUUCACGAUCAUUUAGUUUCCUUCAACUUUUUGUCUUUUCACGCUAGCUUGUUGAUAUAAACGCUACGUAUUUUCCCCUUUUAUCCUCAGCGGCCUCGAUUCAAAAGGGUGGCUCCAAUUACACACAGACACCUAGCGUUAAAUCACAGUAACAAAGUUAGCAAAACAGUCUGCUGUCGCUAGUUCACUGGUAGCACUUUAGCCCUUCUUAGUUUGAGAUGGAAGUUGCAUUCAUUUUCGACUGAGAGACAAAUGCAAAUCUGGCGAUUUUUACUCCGGUUAGCCACGUUAGCAUCUAAAAAUAACUGAACUGAAAAAUAAGUGCUGAGUGGAACUGUUUCUGUUUAGCAUUCUCAGUGUAAAGUAUUUAUUGAUGGUAUUAUUGGUUUCACUAGUGAUAGCACAUAGAAACAACAGGAAGAUGUUAAGCUUCCUUCGAGUAACAUAUCAGGCAAACACUAAAGUAGCACUUGCUAAUGUGUGUAAUACUAACUUAGUCCUGCUGAUUUAGCAGUUUUUUGUUGUUGUUUUUUUUGGAAUUUUCUAGAAUAAAGUUAAGCCCAAAACUGUUUUUGGAACGAUUUCAUGUUUGGAGCUAAAGGCACUAUGAAGCCAACUGUACUGUAGCUCUCGAGUGACGAAGUGUGUACGAAUAAAGAUUCUGUUUAUAAGAAAUAAAUCAAGCAGUUUGUAAACUA